AUUUUUUUUCACCCGCCGUCGAAGGAGAAAAGGGUGGAAGUCAGGAGAGGAAAACAGGCUAGAAUUAGCAACCCAUCAAGCGGCUGUUUACUGGAAUUGAUGAGAGGAAACAUCAAAAUGCUAAAAGAGUUGGUGAAGGAGCGACUCAUGGUGGCGGCUGACGAAAUAUUCGCGCUGUUUGAAAGAACGAUCGCGUCCUACGAGGAGGAACUUUGUCGGACGAGAGAGGAAAAGGAGCAGCAUCGACGACAACUGGAAGCUGUUAGCAAGAGUCAUAUUAGCCGACCUGUGGAAGGCGUCCAGCGGUUGAUUGGUCGUCAAGAAGGACGUCCCCCUCCGCUACAGGAGGAUCCUCAGCCCCCCCAUGUCAAAGAGGAAAAGGAGGAAGUCUGGAUCACUCAGGAAGGGGAGAGUCUUCAAGAGCGGGAGUUCCCACUGACUGGUUUCUCUGUGAAGACGGAAGACCAUGAAAAGGAAGCAGACAAGCUCUUCGCCCCUCUAUCAGAUAGUGACAACACGUCCGACUCCCCCGAGGCUGAAGACGGGGACGACGCCCAAGAAACUUUUGAGGAACCUUUGAGCAGCGGUACGGACUGUGAAGGCAACACAAGGACUCAGACUGGCAACAAACACACACGUAAAGAACGUUUGACUUGCUCCGUUUGCGCUAAAGGAUUUCCUAAAAGGGGCGACCUGACUCGACACAUGCGGACUCACACUGGGGAAAAACCUUUCAGCUGCACAGUUUGUGGCAAAAGAUUCCCGCGGAAGUCCACUGUCAUCACGCACAUGAGAACACACACUGGAGAAAAACCUUUUCGUUGUUCGUUUUGUGGUAAAGGAUUCUCUCAAAAUGUCGCAAUGGUGUCCCACAUGAGGACGCACACCGGAGAAAAACCCUACAGUUGCUUGGUUUGUGGGAAAACAUUCUCUCGGAGGUCAUACAUGGUGUCACACACCAGGACGCACACAGGAGAAAAACCAUACUCAUGUUCACUUUGUGAGAAAACCUUCACUCGGCACAACAAUUUGAUGGCACACUUGCGCUCGCACAAUGGCGAAUAAAGUUUUCCUAAAAGGUCCAACCGAGCCAUGGUCGCCUCGGAAGUCAUGAUCCUUGUAGCUUCCAACCAUGUCUGAAGCUCGUAAGAAAUGCUGACUUGCUAACAACCUCAGACGGUUCUGAUUGGCUGAGGACGACACGGAUGGACCUCGGGGCUCCAGACGGCCACUAAAACAUGAGACAUGGCGAGAACAUGGAAUAUCUUGGAAGGAGUGACGGCGUCGUACGAGGGGGAGCUUUGAACCAGCGACCACAACAGCGACUGUCGGAAUUGUGGGUAUCACUGUAUGCAAAACACCACAGACUUUUUUUGUCACUUUGGGGGGGGGAUCCACGUCUUUGCACUGCACCGACACAUCAAGUUUAUUUCAGCGACUCUACUUGAUAAGAAGCUUAAGCGACACUUAAUACGGUUUACCGCUAUAAUUAGCAUCUUCGUGAUGAAAAACGCCCGUCUCAGCCUCAAGUCCUCUAGAACUAGCCAAGUUCUCUAGACCUAGUCACGUCCUCUAUAGAACUAGUCCAGUCCUCCAUAGAACUAGUCCAGUCCUCUAUAGAACGAGUCACGUCCUCUAGACCUAGUCACGUCCUCGAUAGAACGAGUCACAUCCUCUGUAGAACGGGUCAAGUCCUCUAUAGCAGUGAUUUCCAACCUUUUUUGAGCCACGGCACGUUUUUUUACAUUGGAAAAAUCUUGUGGCACACCACUAACCAAAAAUUUUACAAAAUGUCACCAUGACCUCACACGUGUAUCAAUAAGUCUAUGGGAGGAACAAGGUAGGUGUUGCCACACGGACCAAUAUUACAUUCCUCUGCCAGUCUUUACACCACAGACACUCCACAGUAGCCACGUUUUUACAUGACCACUUUUUCUCUUUCCGAAUGACCUUUCGGGAAACAAUGGUAUCCAUGGAAAGGAAUAUUCCAAUCUCUUGUCUACAUGUGCCGUGAAAAUCAACCAGAAUAGUCAAUAGGGCAUGCCCAGAAAAACGUAAACAUCAACAUCACGUGAUACCGGCUUCCUCAAGUUUUUCUUUCACUUGUUGGAAUAACUCCGUAUUGCCAGUUUUUCGUCUGUCCAGUCUUGAAAUUUAGUUUGAAUCAAAAACAAACUUUGCUUAGUCCAGUGCCGAUUGCUGGCCUCCAUUUUUAAAAGUGAAGAACGUCUGGAUCUGCGUGUUACGUCAUGUCUGAGCAUGCGCUGAAAGAACGCACCCGGGAUCAAUUUAAACAGGAAAAGAUCAAAUUCAAUCUUGCUAAUAUUUUAUAAUUAAACUCAGGACAUGUUUUAUAUAGAUAUAUAUUUUCUUUUUUAAUAAAACUGGACUUGUGAAUGGCAUAUAGAAGGGUUUAGAUUCUGUUCCACAGAUGGCGCUAAUGCAUACGAAAGCUGCUUGCCAACCGCCAAUAAACAACAGAAGAAGAAAAACACCACGAAGAAGAACGCACCCUGACAAAUUUCCGUUUGAGCGGGUACAAGAUACCUCAAUCGGAUUGGUUAAAGGAAUAUUCCACCCCUGUUCAAUUCUUUCCGUUUGAGCAAAUAAACCAAAUGCAAUUGGAAUAUUUGUGUCCAUGUAUACUAUUUACAUAAUGGCUAUUGACAUAAUAUUUGCAAAUGAUGAUUAAUAAAUGUUAAUUAUAAAAAGUGAUAUUGGAUAAUUCCUCACGGCACACCUGACGGUUUCUCAAGGUACACUAGUGUGCCGCGGCACAGUGGUUGAAAACCACUGCUCUAUAGAACGAGUCAAUGCCUCUAGAACAAGUCAAGUUUAUUUAUAUAGGCCUUCAUCACAAAAGAGCCUCAAAGGGAUAUGCCUGCAUAUGCCAAGAGGAGACCCCCCCCCCCCCAUGUUUGUUGUUAUUUUCCAAAUAUAUCAACUUUCUUCUUAAAUAUUCUUUGGAAAUGUGGUUUGCUGUCAUCCCAUAAUAUUAUAACCCCCACCACCACCAAAAAUGACAACUUUUUGUUUUGUUUGUUUCUCAGAAUAUUAAAAAUGUUUCUUGACAUUGUUUUAGUAGCAUGGUUAUUUUGUGUAGAGGGCUCUAAUCAUGUUAGAAAUUGUAUUUCAAAGGUAGUAAACCUUUUUUGAUACCAUAACUACAAACAUAUGUCUCCAGUUAUUUUACCUGAACUAGAAAAGGACAAAGCUUUGGAAUUUUCUCGUUGGGCACAGUUAGACCGCCAAUUAUUUCUCUUUUAUUUUACUACCUGUACUGUACCUCAUAAGUUCCAUUUUGUGCUUAUUCUGCAUUUAUUUCA